UAAAAGCAUUUGAAGUCAGCGUUUCGUGUCACUCAUUUAUUUCAUUUGCCAACAAAAUAAACAAUUAUGCGGUCACACUGAGGCUGCACAAAUCGCUCAAAACAUUUUAGCUGGCAAUGUGAAACAACCGUUUAAUCAGACUAGCAUCCUAACAGGUUAAUAAUUUGCUUGCUAGUUGAUAAACAGUCCGAUAGAGCAAACAGCCAAGCAGACGAGAGAUCAUGACAGCGCUUAAGUUUUGCGCCAACAUCUCCUGGCUGUUCACGGAGCUGCCCGAGCUGAGUGAGAGGCUGCGAGCAGCUGCGUGUGCAGGCUUCCAGGCAGUGGAGGCGGCUUGGCUGUACGGCUCUGACCUGAGAGAGCUCCAGAAAGUUCGAGAAGAAACAGGGCUGCAGGUGGCUCUCAUUAACACUCCCCCGGGUGAUGUCAAGAAGGGUGAGCUGGGUCUGGGUGCUGUGCCAGGGAGAGAGCAGGAUUUCAGACAGGGUUUGGCUCAGGCUGUACAAUAUGCUAAAGCACUGGAUUGCAAGAGGAUCCAUGUGAUGGCAGGGCGUGUACCUCCAGGGGCACAGCUGUCUGAGGUUGGUGUGGAAAUGGAAAGGACCUUUGUGCAGAACCUGAAACAUGCUGCAGAUAUUCUAUCAAAGGAGGGCAUUAUGGGAUUGAUUGAGCCUAUCAACACAAGGAUAACUGAUCCUAAAUACUUUCUGGAUUCCCCACAUCAGGCGGCUGCAAUUCUUCAAAAAGUUGACCAUCCAAACAUUAAACUGCAGAUGGACAUUUUCCACUGGCAGAUAAUGGAUGGAAACCUGACGCAGAACAUCCGGAGAUACUUCCCUUUAAUAGGUCACAUCCAGAUUGCUCAAGUUCCUGAUCGCCAUGAACCUGAUAGUCCAGGGGAGAUCAACUUCCCCUACAUUUUUAAGCUCCUGGAGGAACUGGGCUACCAGGGAUAUGUGGGUUGUGAAUACAAACCUGCGGGUUCCACAGAAGAAGGCCUGGGUUGGGUGCAGAAAUUUUGGGAGAGUAAACAUGUCUAAAGUCACAUCCUGUUCACUACAUGGUGCACUAAUUUUGGACACUGAUCUUGUGAUCUUGUGUAUGCUGGUGUAAAAUCUACUCAUAAAAUCCAUUUGGAAUCCACAUGGAAUAUCCAAACUGCGAAGCAGUGACGGCGUUAUUUAAAUGGGGUCUAGUAAUAACAUGGUGUGUGCUUUAGAACGCAUCCCCAGAGGUGUGAGACUGGUGGUGAAACUAGAGCUCUAGGCGAAUGUAUAAACGAUUGUGAUUUGAUUGACCCAUUUUAAUAAACGCAUUGUCACUGUA